GCAUGCUUGGUCAGCCACACACGAAUUUCCAGUUCAAUCGCCCAUCCAGUUCCCACGCACUCAAUCGAUCGUGCGGAGUCGAUAGCCCAUUGACUCCUCUCUGUAUCACGUCUGCCGCAUGAUUUUGCCAAUCUUGGUUCUGCCAAACUACCAAUCGAGAGCUGCCAGUUCUAUUUGCAAUCGUAGACUAGAGAUUCUCAGAAAGUGUUUGUUUAGAAGACAACCGGUAAUGGCCAACGCACCCCGCGUCGGCGAGAUUGAAUUCCUGGCGACCGCGUGCCUCUUAGCCUCCAACGGGUCCCAGCAUGCACCUGACAAGAAGGGAGCGAUUCCUGAAACCGAGGACGUGAAUCUAUUCGACUCCGAGAUCUCGGACAAUGGAAGCAUCGACGGGGAUCAUCCUGCGUCAAAGUCCAUCGGCCAAGGCAUGAGCGGGACCGAACGCCGGGCCCUACUCAAUCGAUUCCUCGACCACGUUGCCGAGAUAUUUGCCAGAGAGAAGAAUCCAUCUUUUGAAAAGAAGGGUGAAAAGACAUGGCAGAAACGAAAAAGGUCCGCUGAUGGUGGAAGGAUAAACGCGGCGAACCAUGUCGCCGCAGCCGGGAUGGUGUGGAAGGAUCUACAAAACGGUCCCACAGUCUUCAUUGCCAAGAACGGGGGUCUUGACGACAAGGACUGCGGGCUGCUUCAUGGUCUUCAAACGUGGCUUAGGCUUCAAGCCGUGGUACGGUCGAGAGCUCCUGCGGUAGACAAGGACAAAUUCUGGGCUCAGGUUCUGGGCCACAAUCAACAGAGACUGGGCGUUUACGUGUCGAGGAUGGCCAGCACUGCAACAGCAACACUCGGCGGCAUCUUUUGUGACGAAGGGUCAACGGCUGUUGCUCUGGAGCUUGCAGAGAAUUGCGUUUCCCUUGCCGCGGCGAACGGCACUUUUGCGGACUCGGAGAUGCACACACAACGGCUGGGUAUCAUCACAGCCUUAGCCUACCAGCUUCGCUACUCAACAACAAAGGAUAGGCUAAGCGCGGAGAUGGUAGCAGCACGGAAAACCAUCUCCUUCCUCGGCAGAAUCAGAGCUUCAUAUGAAGUCUUUCGACUAGCUGCCCAGGAGUCCGAGUUAAAAUUGAACGAAAUCACAGUCUUUGCAGUUCCUCCUGCAGAACCAGCUACGUACUCAUGGCCAGAAGUUUCUAGAAAUGUGUCUAUUGCUGCGAGCGCAUAUGGUACCAGCCCGCUAUCGACAAAUAAUCUCAAGACGGUGCUGAAUGUGAAGGACGGCAAGUUUACAACACACUGCCACGCAGAGAUUCAAAUCGUCUUCGCCAUGGAGGAGUCGAGGGCAGAGGAAAAGCACCCAUUCAUAGGGUGCAGCAAGAAGUCAUGCUGGCUGUGUUGGCAGUUUCUAGCUCGUUACCGCGCACAGCGACCAUUCGAGCGUGGUUUUUACCAUACGCGCCAGUCACAUGGUGUUGUGAUGCCGCGGUGGACAGCCAGUUCACUUGCCCUGAAGGACGAUUAUGCUUUGCUCUUUAGAGAAGCGGCCGUUGUCGAUAUCAUGGCGGAAAUGCAAAGGCUGGUCAAAUGCGAUGUUAAUGACUACAAAAGACCACCUGCGCAGGCCCAGUCCUCGACAAAUACCACGAUAUACGGGAGCAGGAUGAGAGUCAAAGCAUUGGCAAAGCAACGAAUGCAAGAAGCAAGAGCGCCCGACAAAGAUGAUAAUCAGGAAGACUUUCCACGGCUAAAGGACAGAGUUUACACGCGGCAAUGCAUGCGAAUUAUCGGUGAUGGCGCCGCAGCAACAGAACUUGUUUCCGUCGACUUUUACAAGCGUCCCGUGGGCAAUCCGAAUCCUGAAUUCGGGACUUCUAUCCCAGUUCCAAACCUUUCGGCAUAUUAUGGUGCGUUUUGGCCUGGAAUGGGUAGCACACUACUUGAUGCCACCGAUCAGACAGAAGAGUCAAUCAACGGCAGUUACCUGAUUUUGUGGUCUACUGACCCGGCGAUGGAGCCUAACAAGACCAUAAUGAAAUGGCUUGGUAUCGCCUCGGUGCCUUUGUUUGCUCCGUUCUGGCAUGGGGACGUCUUCGUUCUCAGGUAUAUCGAAGAUCCGAAAACCCGCCAGGCCAGCGUACUUGACUGUCCUGCACACCUCCUGGAUGGCGAGAUGAUCCGUCUAACGUUGCAGCAGCUCCACUCCAGCGAGGAGCUCUUGAUUCGCCAUGAAAGAGAGCAAGAAUUAGAGUUUACUAUGCAAAAAUGGGAUGCCGAUAAGGCCCUGUUGAGGGAAAGACUAACUCCAACAGAACGGCGCUUGGUGGAUAGAGAACCAGGCUUGAUUGACACGUUGGCUAUGACUCAAUGCGACGACGGCGCAACUAUUCCCGGUGGCAUGAAACCUGAGGGCGUUGAUAUGGUGGAAAUCAGGGCGUGGAAAAAGAAAACCUCGCUCGAGGUCAUGGGCUGGGAGGGUUUUAGUAGUGAUCAGCUGUGACGGUUGACGCUUGGAGCAAGGUGAGACUUUAGGUCCGGGGUAGGAUCGUGCACAUGCACAUCCAAUUGGUGGGUAAAUGGUUAUACCCAGUUGCCUGCUUAGUCUGCCACAUUGUCUUCGUAUCUUUGAACUAGACCAUCGUCUGGUUCAACACCACAUAUACCAAGAACAUGAAACAAAAUAAAGAGAAGAAAAAAGUAGCUCGUAAGCAGAAGAAAAAGUCCACUUGACGGAAUGAGCGAUUUUCGAACCACGUUCUUCACAAAAACUGCA